AUGUUGCCGCUGCUGCUCGGGGCGCUGCUGCUGCUGCUGCCGCUGGGCGUGCUGCUCCCGCUGCUGCUGCUGCCGCUGCUGCUGCUGGGCGUGCUGCUGGCGCUGAUGCUGGGGCUGCCGCUGGGCGUGCUGCUGCCGCUGAUGCCGGGGCUGCUGCUGUGGGUGCUUUUGCCGCUGCGGGAGCUGUUGCUGCUGUUGAGGCUGAAGCUGGUGCUGGGGCUGUGGCUGGCCCUGGGGCUGGCCUGGCUGCUGGGCCUGGCGCCCGGGCCUGGGCAGCUCCUGGAGCUGGGGCUGCGGCUGGGCCUGGGGCCCCCAGUUUUGGCUGCGCCGUCGCCGGCUGGCUCACGGCACUGGCGGACGCAGCGGGGCGCCUAG